AUAUAUUUUGAUGAUAUCUCGAAAGUCGAAAUCGGUGGCGUGGCUGUGGUUCUCUGUUCGUUCGUUGUGCGUUUCUGAAGGUUGUAAUACUGAGAAAAAAAUGACGGCACACGACCAGAUGCGAGCUAUGCUCGAUCAAUUAAUGGGAACAGGUCGAAAUGGUGAAAAUAACAAAUUUCAAGUGAAAUACUCCGAUCCGAAGGUCUGCAAGAGUUUUCUCCUGGCAUGCUGUCCACACGAGAUACUUUCAUCAACGUUCUAUUUCCAGAGUCUCUGGAAAAAGCAAAGUCAAUCUGAUCCAUUGUACAAUAUUGUUGCGAGUAUUGUCCGCUCAUAUGUCGUGUUGUACUUGUCACUCUCACAUGCGCGUUACUCGCAUGGACCUGGGAGAAUGCCCCCAGAUUCACGACUUGGCCCUACGGGCUGACUAUGAGGCGGCACAAAAGAAAAAGGAUCAUUUUUAUGAUAUUGAUGCUAUGGAACAUCUGCAAAAUUUUAUCGCGGACUGCGAUCGUCGUACCGAACAAGCGAAACAACGUCUAGCAGAAACACAAGAAGAAUUAAGCGCUGAGGUUGCAGCAAAAGCAAACAAUGUACAUGUUCUUGCCGAAGAGAUUGGUAAGAAAUUAGCUAAGGCUGAACAACUAGGGGAAGAAGGUUUUGUUGAGGAAUCUAUGAAGCUGAUGGGUGAAAUCGAUGAACUACGUAAGAAAAAGAACGAGGCUGAGCAAGAAUAUCGAAAUAGUAUGCCAGCAUCGAGUUAUCAACAACAAAAAUUGAGAGUGUGUGAAGUGUGUAGCGCAUAUCUUGGUAUACAUGAUAACGACAGAAGAUUGGCCGAUCAUUUUGGUGGAAAGUUACAUCUUGGUUUUAUCAAAAUAAGAGAAAAGCUGGCGGAAUUACAGAAAACGGUUGAGGAAAGGCGUAAAGAAAAACGUGACUCGUUAUUAGAUAGACGACGAGAUAGAGAUAGAGAGGAUCGUGAUAAAGACCGUGAUAGAUCGGAUAGGGGACGUGGUUUGGGAUAUAAAGAAAGGGAUCGUGAUCGUGAUCGAGAUCGCGACCGUGAACAACGUGAUCGUGAUCGUGAUCGUGACCGUGACCGUGAUCGUGAACGCGACCGUGAUCGCGACCGUGAACGCGAUCGUGACCGAGAUCGCGAGCGCGACCGUGAUCGUGAACGCGACCGUGACCGUGACCGUGAUCGUGAUCGUGAUCGCAGAGAUAGAGAUAGAGACAGAAGGAAGUCACGAUCUCGAAGUCGUAGUCGAGGGAAGAGAUCGAAACGUUCGCGAAGUGGCAGUCGUGGCCGUCGAUCUCGAUCUCGACGCAGUGCAUCGAACGAUCGGAAGAGAUAAAACUCGAUAUAUAUAUACAUACAUACAUACAUACAUGCAUACAUUCAUACAUACACACACACACACACACGUACAUGCAUACACACACAUACACAGAAAGAAAGAAAGAGAGAGAGAGACAGACACACACAAUAAUGUUUAAUGAUUUACUUUAAAACAGUAUUUUCUUUUCUUUUUUUUUCUUUUCCUUUUUUUUUUUUUUUUUUUUCUUUUUCUUUCUCCCUUUUUUUCAUAUAUAUGCAGAUUUUUCAAGAUUAUGUGUAAAAUAAAUUAACAAACAUAAAUAAAUAAAUUAAUAAAAUAACUCGUAUAUUAAAUAUUAAUAAAUGAGAUGUGAUCCACUUCGGAUAUGAAUAUAUGAAGAAGGAUUUGUAUGUCACUUAUAUAGUUUCAAUAAUAAUAUUACAAUCGACAUA